UGACGCACGUCGGGAGCCCUAAGCGAGCAGAUGUAUAUUUUUUUCAGCUAAAGAGUUAAGGGCGGUGCUGGCCGCUCGCCCCACGCAGCGCUCCCCGGAGCAUCCAGCAGGCGGCCGGAGCUCCCCGUGCGCUCCCCGAGCGCUCCCCGGUGCUCCCCGGUGCCCUCCAGGGCUUCCCGAGCGCUCCCCGGUGCUCCCCGAGCGCUCCCGUGCGCUCCCCGGUGCUCUCCGGUGCUCCCCGUGCGAUCCCCGAGCGCUCCCCGGUGCUCUCCGUGCGCUCCCCGGUGCUCUCCGGUGCUCCCCGUGCGAUCCCCGAGCGCUCCCCGGUGCUUCCCGAGCUCUCUCCGGUGCUCUCCGGUGCUCCCCGAGCGCUCCCCGGUGCUCUCCGUGCGCUCCCCGUGUGCUCCCCGUGCGCUCCCCGUGUGCUCCCCGUGCGCUCCCCGUGUUCUCCCGGCUCUCCCCGGCUGUCCCCGGUGUCCCCGGCUCUCCCCGGCUGUCCCCGGUGUCCCCGGCUCUCCCCGGCGUCCCCGGCGCUCCCGACGCCGCCAGCAGCCCGCGCACCCGUGGGAAGCAGCGCAAGGACUGACGUCCAGAACAUCCCGCCUAUAGGAUCCGAGCUGCCAGCCGAGCCCCGCUUUCCCCCCGCGCUUUAAAUCCGGCUGGCGGGGGCAGGCGCCGAAAGCGGCAGAGAUUGGCGAUGCGGCGCGGCAGUAACUCCCGAAAGUUCUUGCUUUCUGUAACUCCCUGCUUUCGGACUCGGAGCUGCCGGGCAGACCUGAAGCUGGGAGUUUAAGGAGCCUCGUUUGCGAAAAUGCCUGCCGCUUGCUGGGCUUUGAAUUUGAUGAUUGAACUUCCAGAGCUGAGGAAUACUUAACAGCAAGAGAAGUCAAGGAGGAAAAGGCAAGUUUCACAAUUCAGACCAUGCUAAAACAUGUUCUUCUUUCACCUUAUGGAAACAGACUGUGGAAAAAGCUGCAGGUGCUUUUUGAUUUGGUUAUUGACAAGAUGUGUCACAAAGUAAUAUGACUUUUAAACUCUUCUGACUGUGAGGAGCAGCAGAAUUAAAGCAAGAAAUUAAUUUGAGGAAUUUGAGGACUUUCAAAGAAGAAAGCUGUUUUCCAAGAAGAGCAAAGUAGGACGAUGGCAUCUGGAGAGUGCCUUCUGCUGGACCUAGACACAGAAAACUUCAUUUUCUAUAACAUCUCUGUCAACCAGAGUGCAAACGUCUCCCUCCUUGGGGAAGACUGGUUUUACCCAGCGUUCCUCUACGCCAUCCCCACCAUCUAUGGGAUCAUCAUUCUGAUAGGCCUUAUCGGCAAUAUCACUUUGAUCAAGAUCUUCUGCACUGUGAAAUCCAUGCGAAAUGUCCCUAAUUUGUUCAUUUCCAGUUUGGCCCUGGGAGACCUGCUGCUUUUGGUGACUUGUGUGCCUGUGGAUGCCAGCAGGUACCUUGCUGACGAGUGGCUGUUUGGCAGAACUGGAUGCAAACUUAUCCCCUUCAUACAGCUCACCUCUGUAGGGGUGUCAGUCUUUACUCUCACUGCUCUCUCAGCUGACAGGUACAAAGCUAUAGUAAGGCCAAUGGAGAUCCAAGCAUCCCAUGCACUGAUGAAGAUUUGUGUGAGAGCUGCUAUAAUCUGGAUUGUAUCCAUGUUGCUUGCCAUCCCUGAAGCAGUAUUUUCAGAUCUGCACCCUUUCCAUGACAAAGAGACUAAUAAAACCUUUAUCAGCUGUGCUCCUUACCCUCAUUCAGAUGGGCUGCAUCCCAAAAUUCACUCAAUGGCAUCAUUUCUCAUAUUUUAUAUUAUUCCCUUGUCUGUCAUUUCAGUGUAUUAUUAUUUUAUUGCUAAGAAUUUGAUCCGGAGUGCUUACAACAUCCCCGUGGAAGGAAAUGUGCAUGUGAGGAAACAGAUCGAGUCCCGCAAGCGCCUGGCCAGGACCGUGCUGGUGUUCGUGUGCCUCUUCGCCUUCUGCUGGCUGCCCACGCACAUCAUCUACCUGUACCGCUCCUACCACUACUCCGAGGUGGACACCUCCGUGCUGCACUUCGUAGCCAGCAUCUGUGCUCGGAUCCUGGCCUUCACCAACUCUUGUGUCAACCCCUUUGCUCUCUACUUGCUCAGCAAGAGCUUUCGGAAGCAGUUCAACAACCAGCUGCUGUGCUGCCGGGCUCGCCUGCUCAUCCGCUCGCACAGCAUGGCCAGGAGCACCACCAGAAUGACCUCCCUCAAGAGCACCAACCACUCCCUGGCCACCUUCAGCCUCAUCAAUGGCAACCACAUCUGCCACGAAGGCUGUGUCUGAGGGCACAGGAACAUCAGCUGCUGAGCGUGGCUGCUGGACCUCGCUCCGUGGGGUGGUGGGCAGAGCAAGGUGCAUGCACACCCACGAGCACACCCACGAGCACACCCACGAGCACACCCACGAGCACACCCUCAUGUAACAGUGUGCUCAGAGAACUCAGAGGAGCUUGAAGCAUCCAACAUUUCACCUUGGGCUGAGGUUGAAGGGUCCAGCAUUUCACCCUGGACUGAGGCAUCACCAGAGCAUCAGAUCAUUGAGCACCAGCCCACAGGUUCUCCCAGGGCAGUGCUGCUGUGCUUUCAAUGAGAGCAAAAUGAGCACCUUCAGAUCAAAUAUUUUUUGGCUCUGCAGAAUGUUCAUCGCUUCCUGCUCAAUCCCAAACGUAUGCAGACUUAAAGAAGUGAUAAGGACCAUAUCAGGUGCACACAAUUUGUCAGAACAGUUGCAUCCAUCACAUGGUGUAAUGUACUUUGACAUAGAAAUAAAUCCAUUUAAAUAAGGUAACUACUUUUUUUUAAAGGAGUUCAAUGUAGGUAAUUUACAGACUUUUCAAGUAUUUAUUAAUGUUCUGAGUACAGUAUUAAUGGUCUAAAAGAUAUCAAGAGUUUACUGGGGCAUGUCUGUGGCCCCUCUGAAAUGAGCAGUAUCUUGCACCACGUCAAUGUGAAAACAGUAACGUAAAUAAAUGUGAGUUGGAAUAUGUUUACAGCUUUC